UGGGGGAGGCUGGGGGAGAUUGGGGAAGGGAAGGCAGCAGCCGCUAGGAAAAGAGGGCUGGCGAAUGUUGUACGGGGUACACCCAGGGUCGGGCCGAGCUGCACGGAUCCAUGUAUGGGGUGCGGCUUGUUGGGGGAGGUUGGGGAAGGCACGGGGGCAGCAGCUGCAGGUAUGGGGAGGUGAGGCAGCAGCGGGCCAAGCUGCACAGAUUUUGUAUGGGGUGUGCGGCUUGUGGGGGGAGGUUUGGGAAUGCGAAGGCAAGAACUGCAGGUAUGGGGAGGUGAGGCAGCAUUGGCCCGAGCUGCACGGAUCCAUGUAUGGGGUGCGGCUUGCUGGGGGAGGUUGGGGAAGGCACGGGGGCAACAGCUGCAGGAAUGGGGAGGUGAGGCAGCAGCGCGGGAGGGGCAGCAGCGUAUGAUGGUGGCUGUGCUGCGGGGCGAUGGUUGGGCGAGUCAAGGCAAUUUGGGGCAGGUUGGGGCAGGUUGGGGCAGGUUGGGUGCGUUGUGGAGGAAAGGAGGUGGGUGAUGGGGGCUAUAUGAGGUGUGGGGUUGGCGGCUGUGUGGCGGCUGUGUGAGGUGUCUUUUGAGAGAACACCACUUGGUGGUGGUUUUAGCCAUACGUGGCAGCGGGCUUGUAGAACACUUUGUUUAGAGAAAAAUUCUUGCUCUGAAAAAUCUCUUGAAAACGUAGGGCAAAAAUUGAUGGUAACUAGUUUCGGCAGGUGGCUGCCUUCAUCAGACCAUGUGAGCUAUAUGAUGGGUGAUGGGGGCUAUAUGAGGUGUGGGGUUGGCGGCUGUGUGGCGGCUGUGUGAGGUGUCUUGUGAGUCGACUCACCAGACAUCGAAGGUCAGGUUGGGGAGAAUAUGCGCUGUUCGGCGCGCGUGGAGAAGGUGUUCCGCACGCCUGGAGAAGGUGUUUGGCACGCGUGGAGAAGGUGUUCGGCGCGCGUGGAGAAGGUGUUCGGCACGCGUGGAGAAGGUGUUCGGCGCGCGUGGAGAAGGUGUUCGGCACGCGUGGAGAAGGUGUUCGGCACGCGUGGAGAAGGUGUGGGGUGCGCAUGGAGAAGGUGUGGGGUGCGCGUGGAGAAGGUGUGGGGUGCGCGUGGAGAAGGUGUGGGGUGCGCGUGGAGAAGGUGUGGGGUGCGCGUGGAGAAGGUGUGGGGUGCGCGUGGAGAAGGUGUGGGGUGCGCGUGGAGAAGGUGUGGGGUGCGCGUGGAGAAGGUGUGGGGUGCGCCUGGAGAGGCAGGGGCAAGGGAGGAGGGGGAUAGCUUCUGUAGCAGACUUAUGUCUUCUGCUGUACCUGCCUUCAACCUCCAGCAGUAUUCAGCAGCAGCAGCUGCAGCACCAGCAGCAGUAUCCAGCAGCAGCUCCACCACCACCAGCACAAGCAGCAGUAUACAGCAGCAGCAGCAGCAGCAGCAGCAUCAACACCACCAGCACCAGCACCAGCACCAAUAUGCAGCAGCAGCCUACAUUCUUCAGCCAUCUGCAGCAGUGCAGAUGGAGUGCAGAUGGAGUUCUGGAGCGCAGAUGGAGUUCUGGAGCGCAGAUGGAGUUCUGGAGCGCAUGAUGCAGCCAUCUGCAGCAAUGAUUUCAGUUCUUCUGGAGGGCAUAACCGCUGCGUUCUGUGCUCUCACCCGUUCCACUGCCGCCUGUUCCACUGCCGCCCCUUCACACUGCCGCCCCUUCCACUGCCGCCCAUUCCACUGCCGCCCAUUCCACUGCCGCCCAUUCCACUGCCGCCCAUUCCACUGCCGCCCAUUCCACUGCCGCCCAUUCCACUGCCGCCCAUUCCACUGCCGCCCAUUCCACUGCCGCCUCUUCCAUGCCUGCGUGCCACACCAGUGGCCAGUGGCCAUGCCUCCAUCCGCUCACUGCUUGCGCCUAACUUUCCGCCAGCCAGUGCCUGCUUCUGCUGCGCCAAGCUUCUGAACGAAUCAACUCGCCCCUCUUCUCAACGCGCCCCUCUUCUCAAUGCACCCCUCUUCUCAGCACUCGACACGCCUCGUGCUUGCAUUGCUUGCAUUGUCUCCCUCCAUCCUGCCCUCUUCACAUACUCGUCUCAACCCGACGGGUGGUCAUCGACUCCGCUCCGCCUGCAGCCGCUCUGCCUGCAGCCGCUCCGCCUGCAACUGCUCCCUCCCAACUGCACUCGUGAUACGACUCGUUCCUACCAUUACUGCCUCUUGCCUGCUUGCCUCCCGGCCUUCCUGUUCUCUCUCCACGCAGCAACUCCGUGCAUCUAGCCAAGCAACCACCGUGUCUGCAACCACCGUGCCUGCUACCUGCAAUUACCUAGAAGCCCUCUCCACAUGCCCUCAGUUGCACUCGCAACCAUCAGCCGAUCUGCGCACUGCUGCCCUGCGCACUGCACACUGCUGCCCUGCGCACUGCGCACUCGCAACUCCAUCCUCGUGUUUUCCACCUCUGCCUUCUCCCUCUCACUCUCUCUCUCUCUCUCUCUCCCUUCUCUUCUUUCCCAUGUCAAUUCCGGCUCCCUGCUUUCGUCCCUUCGUCUUUCGCUCGGUCAUUUUCUGGUCAUGUUCUUUCACUUUGCUCGGGCUUGCAUUUCGCUCCAACUCUGUCUCCGACGCUCUAUUCAGUCGUUGGGUGUUGUCUGGGUUCCUUCCAAGUCAUGCUUUUCUUCGUCGUGUCGUGAUUUGCUUCUUGCUUCUUUCUGCCUUUGCUUCUUGCUUCUUCCUAUCUUCCCAUCUCGUCUUGGAUUCUACUUCUCCACCUUCCUUCCUACACAUUACAAUAGCUGCCACGUGUAAGCAGCUCUGGAAUAUGUACCCUUUGCCAGAUGGCUUGCUUUCAAAACUAUGUGUUGCAAGAAGUACUUACAACGUGUGCUGGAGGGCCGGAGGGUUGCUAGGAGUGCUGCAGGGUUGCAGUCAGCGCUGGAUGGUUCCAGUGAGUGCUGGCGGGUUGCUUGAAGCGCUACAGGGUUGUGACGCUGCAGGGUUGCUAGGGUUUGCAAUGAGCGGUAGAUUCCGAAGGUGGGCAUACCUUUUCAAUCCUCCUGUAUUGCUAAUUUGAUCAGAAUUACCACACUACCUC